AUGGCUAACCUUACCGUGGCAUCAAAGGAUAAUAACGCUCUCAGCCUUCCCAUAAUUCUUGCUUUAUCUUUCCUGUCGCAAAUUGAUUCGUCACGUAAAUUUACUCUCAAUUAUGAGGACAAAGCCUCGUUGAAUUCCAACGGAGAAUACGCCGAAUUUACUACUGACGACGCUGAUAAAUUUGUAAAUGACGCAGUUCUUCGGUAUGCUCAGAAAGAACUGACUUCUUUGAUUGUUGGCAACCAAGACGACGUCACGGAGUGGUUGUCCCGGAGCACGUCCCUUACUUCUCCCGAUUUCAAGACUGUGGAGCAGUCAGUUAGCGAGCUGGAUUCGCAUCUUGUCCUCCGUUCCUACGUCGUUGGUUACUCCCUGACCCUUGCUGAUAUUGUAGUAUGGGGAGCUCUCCGUGGUAAUAGGGUAUCAACCGCAGUAAGAAAGAAGUACAUCAAUGUUGAUCGGUGGUUUGAUUUUAUCGAAUCUUCCAAUUCCUGGGUUGCUCCUGUUAUCGCUGGUUUGGAGAAGACUGCUUAUGAUAGAAGGGCUGCAGCAAGUGCAGCUGGGGCUAGUUUCAACAUAGGUCUCAAAAAUACUGAAAAUGGUAUUAUCACUCGCUUCCCCCCGGAGCCUUCUGGAUAUCUGCAUAUUGGUCAUGCAAAAGCCGCAUUACUGAACGACUAUUUUGCACAUGAGUAUCCUUGUCCCUCGUCUCGACGGGCCCUUAUCUGUCGUUUCGAUGAUACAAAUCCAUCAAAGGAGAAUGAGGAGUUUCAGGAAUCGAUACUGCUGGAUCUGUCUUUGCUUGGAAUUACCCCAGAUCGAAUCUCGUAUUCUAGCGACUACUUUCAACAAAUGUUUGAUGCCUGUAUUCAAUUAAUCAAGGAUGGAAAGGCAUACGCCGAUGAUACGCCUAAAGUAAACAUGCAAGAACAGCGGAUGGACGGUAUUGCCAGCGCCCGUCGAAAAAUGUCGGUCGAAGAAAAUCUGGCCAGAUUCGACGACAUGAAGACCGGUUCCGAGGAGGGUCUAAAAUGGUGCAUCCGAGCAAAGAUUUCCAUAGAUGACCCGAAUAAGGCACUGCGUGAUCCUGUAAUAUACCGCUGUAACUUGCAGCCUCAUCACAGGAUGGGGACAACAUGGAAGAUGUAUCCGACUUAUGACUUUUGUGCACCCUUCUUGGAUUCGCUGGAAGAGGUUACCCAUGCAUUACGAACAAACGAAUACCGAGAUCGCAACGCCCAAUAUCAUUGGAUGCAAAAUGCUUUGGGUAUUCGCAAGGUUGAUAUUUGGGACUUUUCACGCCUCAACUUUAUUAAAACUGUUCUCUCAAAACGAAAACUGACUACGCUGGUUGAUACUGGUGUAGUCUGGGGUUGGGACGAUCCUAGAAUGCCAACUGUCCGCGGUAUUCGCAGGCGAGGUAUGACGAUACCAGCCUUACGCGAGUUUAUCCUGAAGCUGGGGCCUAGUCAAAAUAUAUUGAACUUAGAUUGGACCACAUUUUGGGCAACAAACAAGAAACACAUCGAUCCGAUUGCAGCACGGUAUACGGCAAUCCCGAAGGAAAACGCGAUAAUUGCCAAUGUAGCCGGGAUCGAUACCCCAAACACUAUCGAAAAACCGAAACAUAAUAAAAAUACCGGCUUGGGAACCAAGAAAGUUUGUUUGAGCAACGAAGUGUUUAUCGGACAGGAAGAUGCCAAGUCCUUCUCGCUGAAUGAGGAGAUUACGUUGAUGAAUUGGGGAAAUGCUGUUGUCUCCAACAUUUCUACUGAACCUACAACUGGGAAAGUGACGGCAUUAGACCUGCAGCUUCACUUGCAGGGAGACCCUAAGAAAACAGAAAAGAAAAUCACUUGGCUCGCGACCACUCCUUCAAAUCUUGUUCCUGUAGAAUUAGUCAAUUUUGACUAUUUGCUUACCAGAGAUAAAAUUGAGAAAGGUGAAGAGGUUACUGAUUUUCUCAACGCCCAGACUGAAUUUCGAACUGAAGCGUGGGCAGAUUGCAAUGUGGUCAAUCUUGCUGAAAACGAUAUCAUUCAAUUUGACCGCGUGGGCUAUUUCAGGCUUGAUCGUGCUUUCCAUGACGGCCAACCUGCGAUCUUCUUUAACAUUCCAACGGGAAAAAGAAAUUGA